UUAUCUAUUUGUAAGUUACACUAGUUGGUUACAUAAGUGGCGAGCCAGCCAGGAGGAUUUUAGGCUAUAAACAACCAAUAUAAAUAAUUGAUUAGUGCUUGGUGUGAUCAAAUAUUGUCUGAUAAUAACCAGACAAAAUAUGGCUUCUGUUGCUGACAUUGGUAGCGAGCAUGGUGUAAAUGACAGAAAAUCAAUCCUUUUGAAGGGCAUACUUGAUGAUGACACAGAUGAAGACAUUGUAGAGGCUGUAUCAUUAUAUGGUAGUGUCAGUAAAAUAGUGAGACUCAAAGGCCUUCAAGUGAUUGUUGAGUUUGACUCAGAAGAGUCGCUAAAGCUCAUCAGUUUCCCCUCUGUGCUACAGUCUCCUAAGAACCCAGUCUCAAAAUGGUGUUUGGACAGAGUUGAGGUUUUAACUACUCCCACACAAUCACAGUCAGCCAUUGAUGAAAACCCUGAAGCCACAUGUUCCUUUAAAACUGUGCAGAAUGAACGGGGUAGCUCAGAUAGUACGGGAAGUGAAUCAGACAGCAGUGGAUCAUCUGUUAAAUUCAGUCCUCAAAAGUUACAACCUCCACCCAGUAAGCCAUUAAAAUCUGCCCCCAAAUCACAAGGUGGAACAGAGAAGCUCAAGAGGACAAGGAAGGGACAGGCAGUACGACCAAAAGAACAAGCCAAGGGCACUGCCACAACCCUAGACUCUGACAUACUAAACCCACCAGAUGUGCAACGAAUAAUAGUGGAGCAUGUCAUUAAYAGUGAAGCUACGACAGCUCCAGGCUCCAAGAGACUGCGUUCCUUCUCAGGCAGAGUUCCUAAACCGCCUGGUGAAGUGGAUUUUGAAACAUGGUGUUUACAUGUUGAACUUAUGUUUCAGGAUGGCUAUACAAUGGAUGUGCAGCYACGACUGAUUCUGGAGAGCUUACUGUCGCCRGCAGCAGACAUCGUGAAACAACUAGGCUCUCAGUCACCUCCUCAAGACUAUGUAAAACUCCUCCAGUCAGCAUAUGGCCUUGUUGACGACGGGGAGGAGAUCUUUGCCAGGUUCCUCAGUACUCAUCAGGACGCAGGUGAGAAAGCAUCUGAAUACAUUCAGAGACUGCAGACACUUCUCAGCACUGCGAUCAGACGGGGUGGUGUAAGUGAGGCCAAUGCUAAUAGACAACUUUACAAACAGUUUGUGCGUGGUUGCUGGGACCAGACUUUACUGUUGACCCUGCAACAGAAACUGAGAAAUGAUCCUGCCCCAAAUUUUUCAGAGCUUCUUCUUGAAUUAAGAWCUGAAGAAGAAAGAAGAUCUUUAAAAGUAGACAGAAUGCAACGACAUCUUGGAGGGUUUAAAGCAAAACCCCUUGCCCAGUUUCAUGGCAUUCCAGAUCCCACCCCCACAACUAAUCAAGACACAGAUUUAAUGCAGAGGUAUAUAUCAGAGACUGAGAACUUAAGGAAACAAGUGGCUGAACUUAAAAUGCAACUAACUGAAAAAAGAGCCCAAAGACGAAAGAAAUCCGAACAGAAACAUGCCAGUGCUUCAGAACCUCAACUACCACAUUUUACAGAACUGCAAGCACAUCAACCUGUACACAGGUCAGCUCCAAAAGCGUGGUUUUGUUUUAAAUGUGGUGAAAAUAACCACAUUGCCCGAGAGUGCAUCAAUGCUCCAAACAAAGACCUUGUUGAUAAAAAGAACAAAGAAUUAAAGGCGAAACAGCAAGAGUGGCAAGCUAAAUAUGCCCCAGCCUUAAACUGGACAGGGUUUCAGUAGAGGGACGCACUGAGACCUUACCAGAGUUUAGUCCCAAUUCGGAGCAAAGUCCAAAGCCAGCACAAGAUAACCAAGAGAAUAAAAGACUGAAACAAAUAGAUGACAUUACCAACUCCUGUUCAGCAUUAUCGGAGGAGGCUCUUUUGAGUGCUCUGGUUGGAUCAAAAUGUACUGCUAGCUUGACUAUUGAUGGGGUUCACAGCGUGUGUCUUCUAGAUUCUGGCUCCCAGGUAACCACAGUAUCAGAGACAUUUCACAAACUACACCUACCUGCACGCCCGAUUCAGUCUGUGGCCAAAUUGCUUGACAUAGAGGGCGCGGGGGGUCAGCAAGUACCCUACUUGGGAUACAUAGAACUCAAUUUGUGUUUUCCAAAAGAGGUUACUGGGAGACCUGAGGAAGUGAAUACCCUAGCACUCAUUGUACCAGACUGCAGAUCAAACCAAGAGAUUCCAGUUCUCAUUGGGACAAAUGUUUUGGAUGUGCUUUAUGAGACAUUCACAUCCUACAAAGAGUCAGACACAAGUGUCAGACAUUGUGACAGCAUUCCAGUGAUCCAAGCCAUGUUCAACAGAAUCAAGGUUGAUAAGAGGAGUGGUAAAACAGGAAAAGUUAAGCUAUUGAGCAGAAAAUGUGUCGCAGUACCAGCUGGUGAAAAAGCUGUAUUGACAGGCUAUGCCAGACAUGUUGAUAUAAACCCAGGUAGUCCUCUGCUAGUAGAAUCCACAGCAUCAUGCUUGCCUGGGGGUUUCCUAUUUUGCAACUACAUUAUGACAGCUCCCUCAAAGGCUUCCUUUAAGCUUCCUAUUCUGGUCAAGAACGAGAGUGCUCAUACAAUCAGAAUCCCUGCUGGUCAAACAGUGGCUGAACUGUAUGCCCCCUUGUCAGUGUGCUCUUUAGCUUCAGGCUUGAGUAGCAACACAAGGACUAGCUCUCAGCCUCCCAAGUCUGUUGCUGAGUUUGAUAACAUCAAAAUCACUACAGACAGCCCACUUAAGUUUGACUUAACUGAUACUUCUCUCUCCGAAGAAUGGAGGCAGAGAAUUAUGAAAAAGCUCAACUCAAUGUCAGAUGUUUUUGC